UCCUAACUGGUUGUAGUUGUACACGUGCCGCGGUCAACGAACUAGCAAGUCGGACAUUUCCGAGUUUUCUAGUUCCGACCAGUAUGUGAAUGCAGCAUUAACCACGGAUCGGGGAAUUUCAACGUAGUCUACUGUCAACCUCUACAAGAGGAUAUUGGAUGUUGGACAUUAAGUUAGCUAGUUAAUGUCAAAUUGAUCAAUUUGUAAGUUGAGUGAAAUGUCUUUGCUCAAAUAUUAACCAGACUGGUUUGGUUUAUUUCAUAAUCUCCAGCUAGCUAACUAGCUAGUUGCUAAUGCUAGCUAGUUAGCAACCUCUCUGCCGAGGACGGAAACGUCAAAUAGAUUCUGGAACAGGUAGCUAGCUAAAUUAGUUAGUUAACUAACUAGCUAGAGAGUUUGGACUUUUUAACUAGACAGUCAGCAAGCUAAAGUGCUAGUUUAUAAGCAAUGUCAGGUCCUUUAUUUGAGUUUGUUUUAUUUGAUAUAUAUAACAUUGGGUAGCUAGCUAGCUGUCUAAACUUGUAGCGAACAGCUAGCUUCCAUGCUAACAUUAGCCUAGCACGCACUAGCGAGCUGGACCAAAAUGGGCGUUGUUUUGGUAGCGGUAGGUAGGUAGUUAGUUAGCUAGCUAAUAACAAUUUGAACUUAGCCAGCAAGUUUAGCUGCUCAGCUAGCCCUCCACAACUGUCUCUGGCCAGUGAAACAACACUAUAAACUAGAACUAGACAGAGAGGGCUUUUUGCUCAGGCUUACUACCGUUACACUAGCUAGCUAGUUCCAUUCAUUACCAUUACCUACAGUAGCCUAACUGAUUUGUUUUCUGUCCCUGCAGGUUGUUGACAGAGCAAAGGUGUGGUGGAAAUCAGUGUCAAGCCUAUUAGGCCUAACUUCACAAGUCUUGUGUGUGAGAGACCUCCAACAUUAACAUUCCAAUGCCUCUGCUAUUCCUGGAGAGGUUUCCCUGGCCAAGUCUGCAGACCUACACAGCGCUGAGUGUGGCUCUGCUGGCUGGAAGCAUCUUCAGCGCUUACACUACUGUGACAGAACAGGGGUUCGGGGUUCCAGACAUGGACGAGCCUCCCCCACCUGCCCCCUUAGAAGGAGAUAAUAGAGGUGGCCAAGGCCUAGAACAUGUGACUAGUGAUGAUGUUGUGGGUGCAGAUACAGAAUUGGCAACCACUGUUAUGUGGUACCUGGUCACUGACAGUCUCUUUGUAUGGGUAAGUCUUAUUCAAGAUAGGCUCAACUCAGCCAAGCAGACAAUAUUGUUGUUACGUUACUUAGUUGUCACUUGGUUGCUAAGUGGUCUACUCUUCUCUACUCCUCAGGUGUUGGUGAAUACAGCAUGCUGUUCUCUGAUGUUAAUUGCUAAGAUGAUCCAGUGCAUGGUUUUUGGGCCCCUCAGAGUCAGUGAGAAGCAGGUGAGUCUUGGAGUUGUGGUGGUAACCUAAUAACUGGUAUUUGAUAAGCCUUGUGUGUGCUCACAUGUCAACGUGGUACUUGCAUGUUUUCUCAAGCGUCUGCUUUUUGGCAUGUCGCCUUAUUGAAGGUUAGGCAUCUGACUGUGUGUCUAUAAACUAUAGUACAAAUGUCCUCCACAAAUAGUCUGGAAAACAAGAUCUUAGCAUUGAAAUCCACACUGGUGGUUUGAGUCUAUUAGUGUACUCUGACCACUCCAUCCAUGUUCUAAUGUCUUGACCUCUCCUCUCUCCACCCCUCUCCCUUACCAUCUCCUCUCUACUCCACUCCCCUCAGCACCUGAAGGACAAGUUCUGGAACUUCAUCUUUUAUAAGUUCAUCUUUAUCUUCGGGGUGCUGAACGUUCAGACGGUGGAGGAGGUGGUCAUGUGGUGUCUGUGGUUCUCUGCCCUGGUCUUCCUCCACCUCAUGGUCCAGCUGUGCAAGGACCGCUUUGAAUACGUACGUCUCAUCAACCUCUAACAGUACAUUUUAGUCACUUAGUAGACGCACUUAUCCAGAGCGACUUACAUUAGUGCAUUCAUCUUAAGAUAGCUAGGAGAGACAACAACGUAUCACAAUCGUAGCAAGUACAUUUUCCCUCAACAAACCUCUAUUUCUGUUGAUAAUAAUAGUACAUUUUAUGGUAACACUUUACUGUAGGUGUCCUUAUGAAUGCAUUCAUAAAGCCUUUAUAACAGCUAUAUAACACAUCAUUUGUCAUAAGUAGUUUUAAAUAGUUAUGAGUAACGACAUGAUAUGUUAUAAAAGUAGUUAUAAUGGGUAACAACUGCUAUUACACAGUCUGCAUGACAACUUAUUACAGUACUGAAUAAAAAACUGAAAUACACUGAAAUGAUAAAAUGUAGAUGGGCCCACCCACUGUACUAUAGGGAGAGUGACCUUGUUGACUUGUUUACACUGUAAACAUAUAUACCUCUGUUAGAUGUCAGUGAUAUGAAGCUGUUGGCUAUACAUUCAGUCACAGUGACUGCCAUAGACCGGGUCUCUUUCAGGUCCAGACCAGACCUAUUAAUAAGCUAGUUCUUGCUGUAUGUAUGUAGGCCAGGGUCUUAGGUUUAGCUAAUGUUUCAGUCACUUCAUAGACUCAAACUACAGAGUGGGGGACUACAGAUGAAAAUGAGCUGUCUGGCUAAAUCUGGUGUAAUGGGAUGUUGUACAUGGUCCCUGACAAAUAAAUGUAAUAAUACAAAAAAAAGUAUUAACAUUUAGGCCUAUUAGAUAGUGUGCUGUAGCUAUAUGAGAGGAAAACAGAACAUCACACCACAUUGCAUUGUGAAGAAUGACACCUCUCUGUCUGCAAUCAAUGGUUGUUAGGUUUUCCCCUUAUCAUAUCAACUGACAUAAUACCUGUUGGAAUGCUGUACUUUGUUGCUAAAAGUUGGAUCAGAGCCUGUUAGCUUUUCAUUGCAUAACAAGCCUGGAUGUGCGUCACUGUACCUGUGUCAGUAUUCUUGUGUGUCACUAGACUGGUUUUUUGAGCAUGUGUUAGUAGGACAGUAUGGGGCUGCAGUGACACUGCCCAGAUAAAGCUUACCUCUUGACCAAAAAACAUGCUCAACUGGAAAAUCUAUUGAAAGAGUAGCCAUGAAGUCUGCAACCUCCCCUAAAUUGUCAUUGUGUGUGUUGGUCGCUCUUUGUGUGAAAGUACAAGUUAUAUGUAGGUGUGCAUGUCCGUCUACAUCUGUGUGUGUUUGUCUUAGUAAUCUCUCUUUCUGUACAGUAGGUUAAUGUGUACCUGUUCCCCCCCUGCAGCUGUCCUUCUCCCCCACUACUUCUAUGAACAGCCAUGUACGUGUCCUGGGUCUACUGGUAUCCCUGCUGCUGGGCUGCUGUGGUCUGGCUGUGGUCUGUGGCCUGCUGGGCGCUACCCAUGGCAUGCACACCCUCUCCUUCAUGGCUGCUGAGGUGAGGACCAAGCCCUAAAGAGCUCGCCAGCUUGUAGUUCUAAAAAACGUAAAUGAGUAACCUCUGGUUCGUUCGGCCGUUCCUAUGGGGAAAGAAUCGGGUUUUGGAAUAGAAAAAAAAAAAAGCAAAAAAUAACACAGACUUAGGAGAUGUUAUACGUUUUGUUCUAUGAGACAGUAUCAGUCCGUUAACAUGACCUUUAUGAAUUAUGAAGCCUUUAUGUUCUUUUCUGAUGACAAAUGCUUAAAAAUUCACAAAAAGGGAAGUUAGCUGAUGAAGAUUAUCUCAUAGAACAAAACGUAUAAGAUCUCCAUACCUGUGUUUACCACAGACCUUAUUUCUGGCGUUGAUCCAAAAACCCUACAAAAACUCAAUUCAUUUCCCAAUAGGCUUUGUCCAAUGAACCAUGGCGGAGUUAGUGCCUACAAAAAGACCCCAUUACUAUUGCUCUAUAUUGGGCGGAAGGUAUUUCUAUAGGCACACCCAUUGGUGUAGACUAGAGCAGGACUGGCUAAACCUCCUGGGGAGUUGGGACUACCAUCCUGCAGGAGUUUGUUCCAGCUGUUGUUUUAUUGUAAGUUACAGUAACAAGGCGGUUUACUCAGUCACAAAUUAGUAAUACAUAAUUGUCAUCAGUUCCUUUCUUGUGGGAAACAGUUCUAAAAUCAAGGUAUUGUAUAAAAUACUUAUGUAUAAUUCAUAUCUCUUUCUCUUGUCUUUCAGUGUCUGCUGGUCACUGUGCGGACUGGACAUGUCAUCAUGAGGUAAGGUCCUUUCUUUCAGAAUGCAGACCCUCUUGCACACCACCACAGCAACACAGAUGACAUAGCAGAUCUAGAAUGAACCAGUUCUAUUAUUAGCGUGCUGUUAGAUGUGUUACCAUGAGCACCCGUUGAAAGACUGCUUUGUACUACAGAGGGUGAUCAGGAUGACUUACAGGCAGCUGUAUUUAUUGGAGUGGUUCAUUAAUUAGUUAGGUUAAACCCUGUAAACAGUAGCCAGGUGUAUGAGUUGUUGCUUUGCUUUGUGUUGUGUGGAUACCCAUAGCAUUAAGUGCCUAUCAGAGUCCAAAACUUGUACGCGUAUGCAUAGCAGUGUACUUUUCGAAUUCUCAACGCAGCUCAAUCAAUUUCUCCAACUGUCAACACAUUGAAAUGAAUAGAAGGACGUGUGCGCAGAGCUGCGUUGGUUGGGAAUUUUGGGGAGGUGCACGUUCGGGCUGGCCCAGUGAGAGUUAAGCUAAGUGAUGAUCUACAACGACUGAUUAGCGCAAGCAAAAAUAAGUUAGUCUGGCCUUAAUGGCUAUAUACUCUUAUCUCCAUCUGGCACAGUCAGAAGAGGACUGGCCACCCCUCAGAGCCUGGUUCCUCUCAAGGUUUCUUCCUAGGUUCCUGCCUUUCUAGGGAGUUUUUCCAAGCCACUGUGCUUCUAUAUCGGCAUUGAUUGCUCUUUGGGGUUUUAGGCUGGGUUUCUGUAUUAGCACUUAGUGACAACUGCUGAUGUAAAAAGGGCUUUAUAAAUACAUUUGAUUUGUAGUGUGUACAAUUCAAAAGCAUAAGUGCAAAAAUGUCAAAAUAAAAAGGCAUUAUUGUGACUUGGGCAGGUUUCUGACUGUCUGUUUCUCUGCAGGUACACCAUCCACCUGUGGGAUCUGAAGCACCCAGGCACCUGGGAGAGUAAGGGCUCCUACGUCUACUACACUGACUUCAUCAUGGAGCUGUCUAUGUUGUCCCUGGACCUUAUGCACCACAUCCACAUGCUGGUGAGUAACAGAGCUGGGAGCACUACGGGCUGGUGUUAGUAAGGGAACUAACUGCACUACCGAGAGGCCCACAAGAUGGCUGACUGAACUAGCCUGAAUUUAAAACAAGGGCUCUAUCUCAAUUUGUCUUUCUGCGAUUCCUUGCAUUCCAUCUCCUCUACUCCUCAACUAUAUUGGAGGAGAAGGUCCAUGGUCUCUCCUCUCAGAUGAUGAGAGUAAUCAAGGAAAGAUUAAUUGAGAUAGAGCCACAGUAUUCAGUUAGAUGAGUUGAGUAUGAUCUUAGAGCUGUGUUUAACAUUGGACACCCCUGUCUCCCCUCAGCUCUUUAGUAAUAUCUUAGAGCUGUGUUUAACAUUGGACUCCCCUGUCUCCCCUCAGCUCUUUAGUAAUAUCUUAGAGCUGUGUUUAACGUUGGACUCCCCUGUCUCCCCUCAGCUCUUUAGUAAUAUCUUAGAGCUGUGUUUAACGUUGGACUCCCCUGUCUCCCCUCAGCUCUUUAGUAAUAUCUUAGAGCUGUGUUUAACGUUGGACUCCCCUGUCUCCCCUCAGCUCUUUAGUAAUAUCUUAGAGCUGUGUUUAACUUUGGACUCCCCUGUCUCCCCUCAGCUCUUUGGUAAUAUCUUAGAGCUGUGUUUAACGUUUGACUCCCCUGUCUCCCCUCAGCUCUUUAGUAAUAUCUUAGAGCUGUGUUUAACGUUGGACUCCCCUGUCUCCCCUCAGCUCUUUGGUAAUAUCUUAGAGCUGUGUUUAACAUUUGACUCCCCUGUCUCCCCUCAGCUCUUUAGUAAUAUCUUAGAGCUGUUUUAAUGUUUGACUCCCCUGUCUCCCCUCAGCUCUUUAGUAAUAUCUUAGAGCUGUGUUUAACGUUGGACUCCCCUGUCUCCCCUCAGCUCUUUAGUAAUAUCUUAGAGCUGUUUUAACGUUUGACUCCCCUGUCUCCCCUCAGCUCUUUAGUAAUAUCUUAGAGCUGUGUUUAACGUUGGACUCCCCUGUCUCCCCUCAGCUCUUUAGUAAUAUCUUAGAGCUGUUUUAACGUUUGACUCCCCUGUCUCCCCUCAGCUCUUUGGUAAUAUCUUAGAGCUGUGUUUAACGUUGGACUCCCCUGUCUCCCCUCAGCUCUUUAGUAAUAUCUUAGAGCUGUGUUUAACGUUGGACUCCCCUGUCUCCCCUCAGCUCUUUGGUAAUAUCUGGCUGUCCAUGGCCAGUCUGGUGAUCUUCAUGCAGCUGAGGUAUCUGUUCCAUGAGGUGCAGCGCCGCGUCCGACGCCACAAGAACUACCUCCGUGUCAUCAACAACAUGGAGGCCAGGUCUGUCUACUGAUCAGCCCACUGACAGCUCUCACUGUCCUGUAUAUAAUACAGCUCUUAUUAGAUGAUGGGUGGUGUUCUUUCACGCUUAGCUGUGACUCUGUGUAUGAAGCUGUUGUUGUUUGAAUCUAGUCUCUCUGCUUUCAUAUGACGGGCUAUCUAGCUAUUAGCUAUUUACAGUUGAAGUCGGAAGUUUACAUACACUUAGGUUGGAGUCAUUAAAACUCGUUUUUCAACCACUCCACACAUUUCUUGUUAACAAACUAUAGUUUUGGGCAAGUCGGUUAGGACAUCUACUUUGUGCAUGACACAAGGCAUUUUUCCAACAAUUGUUUACAGACAGAUUAUUUCACUUAUAAUUCACUGUAGCACAAUUCCAGUGGGUCAGAAGUUUACAUACACUAAGUUGACUGUGCCUUUAAACAGCUUGGAAAAUUCCAGAAAAUGAUGUCAUGGCUAAUUUACAUCAUUUGAGUCAAUUGGAGGUGUACCUGUGGAUGUAUUUCAAGGCCUACCUUCAAACUCAGUGCCUCUUUUCUUGACAUCAUGGGAAAAUCAAAAGAAAUCAGCCAAAACUUCAGAAAAAGAAUUGUAGACCUCCACAAGUCUGGUUCAUCCUUGGGAGCAAUUUCCAAACGCCUGAAGGUACCAUGUUCAUUUGUACAAACAAUAGUACGCAAGUAUAAACACCAUGGGACCAUGCAGCCAUCAUACCGCUCAGAAAGGAGACGCGUUCUGUCUCCUAGAGAUGAACGUGCAAAUCCACCCCAGAACAACAGCAAAGGACCUUGUGAAGAUGCUGGAGGAAACUGGUACAAAAGUAUCUAUAUCCACAGUAAAACGAGUCCUAUAUUGACAUAACCUGAAAGGCCGCUCAGCAAGGAAGAAGCCACUGCUCCAAAACCGCCAUAAAAAAGUCAGACUACAGUUUGCAACUGCACAUGGGGACAAAGAUCGUACUUUUUGGAGAAAUGUCCUCUGGUCUGAUGAAACAAAAAUAGAACUGUUUGGCCAUAAUGACCAUCGUUAUGUUUGGAGGAAAAAGGGGGAUGCUUGCAAGCCGAAGAACACCAUCCCAACCGUGAAGCACAGGGGUGGCAGCAUCAUGCUGUGGGGUUGCUUUGCUGCAGGAGGUACUGGUGCACUUCACAAAAUAGAUGGCAUCAUGAGGAAGGAAAAUUAUGUGGAUAUAUUGAAGCAACAUCUCAAGACAUCAGUCAGGAAGUUAAAGCUUGGUCGCAAAUGGGUCUUCCAAAUGGACAAUGACCCCAAGCAUACUUCCAAAGUUGUGGCAAAAUGGCUUAAGGACAACAAAGUCAAGGUAUUGUAGUGGCCAUCACAAAGCCCUGACCUCAAUUCUAUAGAACAUUUGUGGGCAGAACUGAAAAAGCGGGUGCGAGCAAGGAGGCCUACAAACCUGACUCAGUUACACCAUCUCUGUCAGGAGAAAUGGGCCAAAAUUCACCCAACCUAUUGUGGGAAGCUUGUGGAAGGCUACCCGAAAAGUUUGACCCAAGUUAAACAAUUUAAAGGCAAUGCUACCAAAUACUAAUUGAGUGUAUGUAAACUUCUGACCCACUGGGAAUGUGAUGAAAGAAAUAAAAGCUGAAAUAAAUAAUUCUCUCUACUAUUAUUCUGACAUUUCACAUUCUAAGACAGGGAAUUUUUACUAGGAUUAAAUGUCAGGAAUUGUGAAAACUGAUUUUAAAUGUAUUUGGCUAAGGUGUAUGUAAACUUCCGACUUCAACUGUAGCUAUUCAUGAGACUAGUAAAGAGGUUGAUCUAGAUUUCUUAUGCUCUGUACCUCUCAGGUUUGCAGUGGCCACAGCAGAGGAGCUGGUAGCCAACAACGAUGACUGUGCCAUCUGCUGGGACACCAUGCAGACAGCACGCAAACUGCCCUGCGGACACCUCUUCCACAAGUAAGAGACUGACCCAGCCAACUAUGGCACCUCUAAAAACCCAGGAGUCAUUAUUUCCUCACACUUGAUUGAAUGUGGCAUUAUGUGGGUGAUGUUUUGAAUGACACUAAGCGACUGCUUGAGUUUCUCUGGGCUCAUAAUAUGUACAUUAACAUUCCUGUUUGUUCUAUUCCUCAGUUCCUGCCUGCGGUCGUGGCUGGAGCAGGACACGUCGUGUCCAACAUGCAGGAUGUCCCUGAACAUCAGUGGUGAUGGGGGCCCGGCCAGGGGCCAGCAGCAGGGGGCUGGCCUCCCACUGGAGAACAACCUGGGCCCCGGAGGCCCCGCUGCAGACGCCAGACCACACCUCAACCAGCACAAUCACUUCUUCCACUUUGAUGGUAAGGCCCAUACAGACUUGUUUUUACAACACAGGUGCUCCCACUGAAUGGACUACUCUAUUGAGUAUGGUUGAUGAUGAUGAUGAAGUGUAUAUGAGUUCUGGCAUACAACUUGCUGAUAGUCACAUAGACAGACAUCACAAUAUUAGAAACAUUACAUGUAGUGCACAUUUCAGGUAGAGAUAAUUGUGGUGAUGUCUCCUCCCAGGCUCCCGCAUCGCCAGCUGGCUGCCUAGUUUCUCAGUAGAGGUGAUGCACACCACUAACAUCCUGGCUAUCGCUCAGCAGGCCAACAACUCUCAGCUCAACACCAUGGUGAGUCACAGCCUUACUCUAAUCCCCUCCCGAGACACCAGGGGAUUCUCCUUUCAGCAUGCUUUUUAGUCCUGGACUAGGUUUAAUGUGUCCGCCAAAACAGUUUCCAGGGGGUCUCGCAGGCAUCAUCUGAGCUUUGAAUAUUGUUUUUACACCUGCCCUUCAUCAACAGCUUUGUUUUCAAUGUAUUAAUUGCAGCAAUAUGACUUCUAUAGAAUGUAGGUGGCUGCUGGGUAACGUAGUGUUCUACUCCCCACAGGCCCAUCAGAUCCAGGAGAUGUUUCCUCAAGUUCCCUACCACUUGGUGCUGCAGGACCUGCAGUUGACCCGCUCUGUAGAGGUCACCACCGACAACAUCCUGGAGGGACGCAUCGUGGUGCCCUUCCCUGCUCUGGUAGGUCCUCCAGUUCAGUUCAUUGGGUAUUUUGGCCAUGGUGGUCCACAUAGAGAUCCCAGAAGGCCUACACUUUCUCCUUGUGUGUGAUUGUACUGCCUCAUUCUUAAGGUUAGGUAGAAAAAUAGAGGGCAUGAGUUCAGGUUCUGGUCAAAUGUGAUUAAAGAUGUCUCUGACUUGCCUCUCCCCCUCGAGGCGGCUGAGCGUUCCCCCCUGCAGGUGAACCCAGGCCCAGAGGAGGGGGCAGGAGCCAGUGGGGGGGUGGAGACGGCCCCCAGCGAGCUGAACAACCUGGAGGUCAGAGGGAGCCGCUUCUCCAAGUCUGCAGAGGAGAGACAAAAGAUGUUGCUGCAGAGGAAGGAUGAGCUGCUACAACAGGCACGCAGGUACUGUACUGUCACCACUGGCAAUACUAGACCAGUCUGUCAAAUGACAUGGGUGUAUUCAGUGAGGGGAAACCUUCACAGCUUUGCAGAUAGAAAUAUAGCUAACCCUAUUCAACUUGGCAGAUAAUCAUAUCUUUCUACACAAUCCAUUUUCUAUCUGAAUGUUUUGCAACAUGACCGGGCAUCCUGACCAGGCCUCAGCUGACAAUCUUUUCAAAAUAAGAGUCUUAUUAGAUAAGAGCAAACACUUGUUGCUAUCUUGGUGGUUGUUUUCUUGUCUGUUAGGUCAGGGUUCAGUCUCUGGCCCUGUAACUGAGUAACUACAGUAGCAGAAUAUAUCUAUUGUAACUAAAUGACUGUGAGAUCACGGUCAUGUUCAUAAUGACACAUCAUAGCAAAAGUUUAGCAAAAUGAAUGUUUCUUAUUAGACUGGUUCUGACAGUUUCUCCCUGCUACACUCUGUUUCUGAGCAUUUUCUUCCGUUUCGUGUCUACUGAACACAACCCAUAUCAAUUCAUUUCCCCACAGGAGAUACUUGAGAAAGAGCCCAGAGGAUGAGGAGGACCUGCCCACUCUGGAGGAAGACGCCCCUGUCUCAGACCUGACCAUGUUGAGACGCAGGACCAUGGCAGCAGCUGCAGAGAGACGCAUGCAGAGCCAACCAGACCCUGCUCCCUGAGUCUAUACUGGACUGUAAACUCCCACCUGGACAGUCUCGCCUCAAACCCACAUCUAAUACCCUUGGAGUGUCCACCAAACUCCCCACGUCCCACCUAAGAGGCACAGCCACCUCCACCGAAAGAGCUAGUACCCCUCUCUACGUUAUAUGAUCAAUGGAAUUACCCAAAUAAAAACAUGACAUUACAAAGUGUUACAAGAAGCAUGGGCUUUGGCUGCACAUGGCACAGGGGCUCUGCUCUUUUAGGCUGCCUUAGUGAGAUAUGAGAGCUGUUGGGCCUUGGGAAUGGUACCAGCCUCCUCUGAACUUACACCAGAGGCUUAAUUGGACAUAGAUCAGCAGUGUUUUAAAGGAGUGGUGGGUGUCUGUCUGUCUGUCAAGAGUUUCUGAAGUGCACCGUAGAACGCCACCUCGCACACCUGUCAUCACAUAGCCGUAGCCCCAGCUUCAUUAGACUUACCUGUCAUUCUCUUUACUGGCCAUGAUGGGGAAGGAAAGAACAUGGUCUCAGAGGAUGCAGCUGAGGUUAGUUAGGGUUUGUUAAGGUGCUAUCGCUACAUACAGCUCAUAGUAUAAUGAAGUAGUUAAUAUUUGUGUUGUAAUGGGCUGAGAUUGCUAUUAAGAUCAUGGGUUGGGUUUAGAACCUACUGAUGUGUUGUUUUAUAACAAUGGAGUGAAAACUGUGAAUUAAGAGGAGGUUUAAUGGAUUCAAAUAUUGUGAAGCUUUUUUAUUUUCUUUUAAUCUUGCCUUUCAGUAAGAGAAUGUCACUUUAGUAUUGCAGCCUCUUCGAAAUAUGAAUGUACUUUAUCCACAUAAUGCUGCAGAGAGAGAGAGAGGAGAAGAGUUUAACUUCUGGCCGUUGUGGAGACUUGGUUGUUAAUAAUGUGUUAAAUGUUACAUAUCCACCCAAGAAAGAGCACUAUCUGGAUAGGAAGACGGAAUAGUUUUGUGUUCCAGGAUCCAGACAGACAGUUAAACUCUCACCAGUACUGAGUUAUAGAAGAGAGCUGACCUCUAGGUCAACCAGGGGUUUCUAUCUGCAGUCUGUAUACCUCUAAAACUUCCCAAAACAUACCUACACUGUAUUAAACAUCCAUUGAUAGAGGUACAGAGGAGUUGGGACGACGGUUGAGGUUUGAAUACUGAUGAACUAAUCUGAUCCAGAUUCAGGAGUUGGUUGUUCACUCACUCACACUCCAUUCCUACACUCCAUGUACUGGUAGGUUCAUUCUUGCAGAUGAUAUGUAGGCCUACGUGUUGGAUUCUUGCAGACGAUAUGUAGGCCUAAGUGUUGGAUGUCUGAUAAAACUAAAGGCUUUUGAAAGUUGAUUGGUAGUGAAUCACAAUGGAGUGCUUUAGUUUGUACUUUUAUCCCAAAGAACAUUGAUCCCAUGAACUUCCACAUGUCUUUCUUUGAGAUGUGCAUCUUUUUUUGCGUUUGGUUGAUGCAAAAGAUUUCUCUCUUUCAGCUUGUUUCAUCUGUGGGAUUGUAAGAAGUUUCUACUAACUAUAUUUGUGUUUCAGAGAUGCACCUUUUGUCAAAAACGAAAUACACUAGUCCGUUUUCAUUGAUUCAAGCUAUUGAUCAACUCAUAUUUUCAUAUCCAUGUCAUAUUUUUAUAUUCAUAAGGGGUUAUUUUUGUAACCAUUAUGUAUUUGACCUAAUCAAAAACAUUAAUUAAUAUUUUGGACUGAGCUUUCCUCAUAUUUUGUGCCUAAAUCAAGAAUAGUUCUAUGGAUUGAUUGUGUACAUAAUGUAGUUUUUGUAAGAACUGCUCUAGUAACAUGAAAACAUUAUAAAUAAUAAACAGAGCUUCUCUACAGCCUUUUAACAAA